CGUGAUCCUUGCCUACUGUACCCCACAUUGAGUAUUCGUCACCUCACGCAUGUUUGGGGAUAGAUCUUAACCCAUAUGAGAGCAAGCUUGCACGUCAGCUUCUUUCUUUUCAUCUAAAUGAGUUCUUCCCGUAAACGAUUACUGGAUGCCACAAGGUAGUAGUCUCUUCUGAAGAUCAUCUACUUAUGUGAAGCGACAGUAGCUCUACCUGCGCCCGUGCUUCUUCUUCUUCUUCUUCAUCGUCAUCAUCAAUCUGCUGGAUCGAAGACACAAUAUAAGAGCCUCCCGUGCAGCUCAACUCCUUCAUAUAGAAGCGCGAUACCUCCAGACCCAUCACUAGGUCCCAGAUGCAGAUUUAACCUAGUUCAAAAGACGCACAACUGAAGCAUAUUAUUCUUGCAACAUGACCAGCAAAUCAAGCCACGCAGCUACUGCCACGAGCGCCAUGUCUAACCUCUCCAUCGACUCCUCGAGACCGAAAGCUGAAUCUUCCAAAGCAAAGAAGGUCGUAGUCGCCGAUUCUUGGGAAGACGAGUCAUCCUCAGAAGAAGACGAUGACGAGGGCACAUCCACGCCGACAAAUAAAACCACCACCUCCUCCUCGGCGUCCGGCUUCACAGCACCUCCUCCCACACCCGCUUCACCAACCUAUAGUUCGGGUGCACCGUGGCAGUCCAUGACAGCGCCGGACUCGCCCGAGGCGACGGAGAAGAAGAGACCCGAGAAAACGGAUGCGGUCGCCCGGCGGAUGAUUGCCAGUGCGCUGGGCGUGAAGGCCCCGAAGCUUACGGAAGAGCAGAGGGCAUAUGAUCGAGCGCUAAGAGAAAAGGAGCGCAAGAAGCGGGAAGAGGAGAAGGACCAGGAGAGGAAGAGGAAAGAGGAGGCCGAGAGAGCCAAGGUCGCCAUAUGGGAAGACUGAGCGACUCGGGUCAAGCCUUGCUACGAUGAGAAAAAAAAACACCCAAAAAAACACCCAAAAAAAAAACCAGCCGACAAUGCUACCAUGAAAGGCAACGGGAACACGCUUUGAC